GAAUACUUGUUUGUUAUUUGCAUGAAAUGUAAGGUUAGAUGUUAUGCAGGUAAGGCUAGAACCUAUUUGCGCAGAAAGCAUGAUUAUAUAAAUGCAAGGCAGCAAGUAGAAGUUGUAAAGGCAGUAGAGAGAUUAGAGGGUAUUGUGCAAAACUAG